AAAAAGUAGCUUCCAACUCCGGAAAAUUCAAAGCACAAAAUGAGUACAAACUCACGACUGGUUUGUUUCGGGGUUUGUUGAAGAUGAUCAUGUCCGUUGUUCGACGUGUGUGAUAGGAAGUGCACGAAGUUGCAUGAAAUCGCUUGAUAACCAACAAAUUAGCGACACACUCGUUCAACACAGACAUAUCAACGUCAUCAAAGCUCGCCGUUUUGCGUUCACACGUCGCAUCUGCAUAAUUGAACAACGUUUCGACGGGAAAGUAUAAUUAUAUUAAACUAGUGGCUGGCUGUUUCUUUGUUUUGGUCACUGUUUUUACGACCGCCAUAUUGGGUGUGGUAGAAGAGAACCCGGAAGAUGCCUAAUCAUGGUUUGCAUGGAGUUAUACCAACUGGUUUAGGGUCCAAACGAGAUUUCACGGGAGUACCUUUCACAGGCGGAAUGUUUUCAACUCACCUCCUGCACUGGAUGUCAUAAGGCCCCGUAUGGAUGGCAGCUGGCUCCAUUCUAAUGAGGAAUCACUGGAGAAGAAAGUGGCCGUAGUGAUCUUUGAACAGAUGCCGAUGAACUCAUUACUGCUCUUAAUGGGCACGCCAUCAGCCCGAUGUUUGCCCUUCCAACUGGCUACUAGACGUGGCUGACAUUUUGACUUUCCCUAAGGGGACGCUCUGGUUGGAGCCCUGUGAACUCUGCCCGGCAACAGUCUGUCCGUCCUCGCUUCGAAAGAAAUAAAGCAUCUCUCCGGAGCCCCCCCACCCCACCGCCGCCGCCCCCCCUCCCCCGCUUUGUGCAGACAUAGACAGCCGUCAUCUUUUCGCUAUCCCGCAAAGGCGCACGCAUGGGCGAGCGCUGCCGCUCCUACGACUAAUUGCCGUAAUCAGGCGCGCAAGUUGGAUCGUCGGCGUGCGGGUUUUUAGGAGCGGGUCUUCAAGUCCUGUGUGCCGCAUCGAGGAGGCUUUCAGGGGCGGAGGAGGGAGCUUCGCAUCCACGCAGGAGACGCUGGCGGCUCAUCAUCACACGGACUAUCCAGUCGCCGAUGCACCGGAGCAUUCCUGAUCCAACAUAUGGGAAUACAACAAGGAGCCUUGUGGAAGCACCUGGCUCGGGAAGCACCGGGAGGGACCGAGAAGAGAGCCUCCUCGCAUCCGAGACGGAGACGGCGUCCUCGCCUCCAUCCCUCCGAGAGCCCGUGUGACAACGGCGCCGGCGUCUCAUUGACAGCAAAAAACGCAAAAUAAAAAGUCUCCGGAGAGCUUCUGCGGCUGAUAGUGGCAACGCACGCUUUAUGGACGACGCGUCGACGGGAGCUGGAGAAGAUACAGCUGGCACGCUUUAAAGAACUGCGUCGGGGGGGGGAGAGCGGGGCCGAUGGCACUGGCAAAAAGGGUGGAGGUCAGAGGAGUCCACAUCGCCGCGGCAAUUUGAGGCUUGAGAAAAGGAUCAGAUAAAGAAAAAGAAUCCAAAGCCGCCAUAAUGGCACCUUCUGGUGUUGCUAAAUUGGGGGCCAGGCUCCCGUUGCUUUUCCUGUGCUUGACACUGUGCGUCGGCUUGCUGGAGUUCUCCGCAGCCACAAUCCAGGGAUACAUGGGGGAAAAGGACACGGUCUGCCCGUCUGUGUGUCGAUGCGAUGAAGACUUUAUCUACUGUAAUGACCGCGGCCUGAGCUCCAUCCCCUCGCUGCCCGCCUCCGCGUCAGUCCUCUACUUUCAAAACAACCAGAUAAACAACCCAGGUCUUCCCACUUCCUUGGAGCGCCAGCUGACCGUCCGUGUGGUCUACCUUUAUGAUAAUGACCUGGAUGAAUUCCCCAUGCACUUGCCGCCAUCGGUCCGUGAGCUACAUUUACAAGACAAUAACAUCCGCACGAUUCCACGGAGCGCCCUGGCUCGGAUGCCGCUACUGGAGAAGCUCCACUUGGACGACAACUCCAUUUCCACCGUCAGCAUCGAGGAUCAAGCUUUUGCAGACAAUCCCCGCUUGCGCCUGCUUUUCCUUUCCCGUAACCAUCUGUCCAGUAUUCCCUCAGGAUUGCCUGCCUCUUUGGAAGAACUCCGUCUGGAUGACAACCGAAUCUCCACUAUCCCGACCCACGCCUUCCGUGGCCUGACCUCACUUCGAUGUCUGGUCUUGGAUGGGAACCUCUUGGCAAAUCAACGCAUCGCUGAUGACACGUUCUCACGGCUCUCCAACUUGACGGAGUUGUCCUUAGUUCGGAAUUCCCUUCAGACCCCGCCGGUCAACCUCCCCAGCGCCCAUCUCCAGCGCUUGUCUCUGCAGGAGAACGCUCUGAUUCACAUGCCUCGAGGUUCCUUGGACGGCAUGCACAGGCUGCAGAGGCUGGACCUUUCUGGGAAUAACCUGACCACGCUGCCGCGGGGAUUGUUCAAGGAUCUGGACAACUUGGGUCAGCUCCUGGUACGAGGUAACCCUUGGCACUGCGGCUGUAACCUGCGCUGGUUGUACGACUGGCUGCACGCCCGCGGUAACUCCAUCACUGUUCGGGGUCUCACCUGCCACGGUCCUGACAGAGUACGAGACCUGGCCUUGAAGGACCUCACCAGCGAGAUGGAAGAAUGUGAGCUGGUGAAGACCGCAGGGACUAAAGAUAGAGCCGGUGUUCCAGGGGUGGAUAGUUCCACCACCAACACACCUCCGCAAGGCUCACUCUUCACCCUCCGUUCAAAGCGACCCGGUCUUGGGCUGCCGGACUCAGGCUUGGACUACACUCUCAGCAGCAGUGGUGUUGGGAAGAGUCUGGCUCUGAAUGUGAAACCGCUCUCUCACAGCAGUGUCCGUGUUACCUGGAGCGUAGCACAGCCGAGCUCUUCCUUCCGGCUCAGUUGGCUCCGACUGGGCAACGGGAACGCCAUGGGAUCCAUUACCGAGACGUUGGUCCGAGGUGAUCGUAGAGAAUAUCUGCUCACCUCCCUGCAACCGCGUUCCAGCUACAUCAUCUGCAUGGUGCCCAUGCCUGCCAGCUCAGAGAGCAAAGGAGGAAUUUCUGGAGAAUCCGACGCCGAUGAAGCUCUUGUUUGUGCAAAAGCCGAAACUUCCGAUCCCAGCCCGUUGGAGGAAGAGGAAGGCGGGGAUUCACAGCCGAUGAUGGUGUUGCCCUUGGCAGGGAUCAUCGGUGGCGCCACCGCAAUUGUAUCACUAGCUCUUCUUUUUGCCAUCUUCUGUUGGUACGGGCAUCGAAGCGGGCACCUGUGCUCCCGAGACCACUACACUCGCAACAGCUCCCGCAAAAGCAAGAAUUACGACGACUACAUCGAGUCGGGCACCAAGAAAGACAAUACCAUCUUAGAGAUCCGGGGACCGGGCUUUCAGAUGACGCCGAUGCCCGCUUGCCAGCCAAUACAACCCAAACCGCUACAAGAGGAUUACAUCAUCCAUACCAUAUUCCCAUCUAACGGCACCGGCCUGUACAAAGGUGCCAACCAUAUUUCCAACGCCAGGCAAAGCACCAACCGGGGUUAUAGAGAAGGGGGGAUCCCGGAUAUAGACUACUGUUACACAUGAUGUACUGUAACCGGAUCUUCGCCACAGGAUCGUUCUUAAACUGUAUAGAUGCACAAUUCCCCUUCGCAUGGACAUUUCUGAAGCACCCUUCUGUGCCUUCGACUUCUGGUCUCCCAUUCCAUAACCCUGUGGUUUUCUGCACUAAAAGUACAGUACGUGAUGAUCUGGACCUAAAACUGUGGGAGAACUAUCCGUGGCAGGAAAGGGACAAGAAAAAUACACAUGGGACCGUUUAUUGACCAUCUUAGUAAUGGCCUAUGUACGUUAUUUUAAUCUCUGCUCCGUCUCUUUAACAUGUAAGCAAAGAAUGUAUACUUUGGGAAAGCGGAGUUCUUCCCUCUCGAAGAUUCGAUACAAGAAAUUGUGACGACGAACAGACGUUUUAGGUUCUCUCUCUCACUCAUCAGUUCCAGUCUGAAAUCCCAUCAAAGUCAUUGAUCCGAACGCCUCAAUUCUAUCGUCGUGCCCUACCAUCUAUCCUAGGAAAGGGCUUUGUAAAGCUGUGAAUUGUUUGAAUUCAAAAACAAAAUAACCACGUGUCUUAAAGUGAGCUUGUUCUGACUUUAUUCCGUUUUUUUUUGGGGGGGGGGGCAGGUCCGAGAUAUUUUUUUUUUUUUUGUGGCUGCUCAGCCUUGGUCAUACCUCAGAUCAUUCACCUGAGUUGGGUAAUUGUUGUGUUGCAGUGAUGGGGAUGUAACACAAGUGUGUAGAUAAUUAAAUUUGGCACCAACUGAUUUGCUGUUGUUAUCUGUGAUUUUUAGAUCACCGUCCUGCACAGCUUUUUAUGUAUUUCAGUAGUUCCACGUGUGCUUUUUUUUGUGCUGUUUUAUUUGUCGAUGCUGAAAAUUGUUCACCUCCAUAUUUGACAUGAAUGAUGACACACAAAAAUAUGACAUAUAUUCUUUAAAACAGACCCUACCCCAAAUGUUGAGUGUUGUUGACUCAGUGAAACUCAAGGCAACAACGUUAACGUUUCCUUGUUUGGGGUCGGUUGUUGACUUUUUGGCGACAUGACUUCCAUAUUCCGAAACAAAACAAACGGACAAAAUACUCUUUGGGUCUUGUGCUAUGAGACGGAAAAGUAAAUCUAGCCUAGUUGUGAACAAGAGGACGGACGGCUAGGGUCGUUAAAAUAUGGGGUGACGCCCGAUUCAAUGAGUGGGGGUUUAUUAGUGUUUGCUUUUGUGAGGGUAAAAAAAUUCCGCUCCAUAUUUGACAUGAAUGAUGACACACAAAAAAAUAUGACAUAUAUUCUUUAAAACAGACCCUACCCCAAAUGUUGAGUGUUGUUGACUCGGUGAAACUCAAGGCAACAACGUUAAAGUUUCCUUGUUUGGGGUCGGUUGUUGACUUUUUGGCGACAUGACUUCCAUAUUUUCCGAAACAAAACAAAUGGACAAAAUAAAUAAAUAAUAAUAAUAAUAAUAAAUAAUAAUAAAUCCAGCCCAGUAGUAGUGGACAAGAGGACGGACGGCUAGGGUCGUUAAAAUAUGGGGUGACGCCCGAUUCAAUGAGUGGGGGUUUAUUAGUGUUUGCUUUUGUGACGGUAAAACACUUUCGCUCCAUAUUUGACAUGAAUAAUGACACACAAAAAAAUAUGACAUAUAUUCUUUAAAACAGACCCUACCCCAAAUGUUGAGUGUUGUUGACUCGGUGAAACUCAAGGCAACAACGUUAAACGUUUCGUUGUUUGGGGUCGGUUGUUGACUUUCUGGCGACAUGACUUCCAUAUUCCGAAACAAAACAAACGGACAAAAUACUCUUUGGGUUCUGUGCUAUGAGACGGAAAAAUAAAUCCAGCCCAGUCGUGGUGGACAAGAGGACGGACGGCUAGGGUCGUUAAAAGAUGGGGUGACGCCGAUUCAAUGAGUGGGGGUUUAUUAGUGUUUGCUUUUGUGGCGGUAAAACACUUCCCGCUCUUUCGACUCCCAAUGUUUUUAUUACCUAGCGGCACUGAAAAUGUAUUAGCACUUAGCCGAGAAGAGGAAUAAAUCUAACGAGAGUUGCCACAUCUCCGGGCGCCGACAAACACGCAGAAUUGAUAGCUUUUGUCACCGUGAAGCUCACCCGUGCGUUGAUAUGUUUGUUAUUCGCAACUUUUCCCCCCCUUGGGCUUAAUGUUGUUUACUGUCGCUGUUUCUUCAAAAAAAAAGGGGAACCCGGUUGUGCUUCCUCCGCUGUUUGUCAUGUCAAACUUUUACAGCCGUCUCUAUGACGACACGUCAGAAAGAUUGAUACGGUAUCUCCCAUCAUGAUGCGGUCAUAAUACAUAUUCCAUAUGGAUAUGCAUACCGAUUGAUUUAGUUUUGGGAGACUUUUACGCUGAUGGUAAUGAAAUUUGAAGUUUGGCUGCAACCAAGAGAGAUCCUGUUGAGUUGAUUUUGGACUCUGUUGUUGCACAACUCUGGAUCCGCCCAUGCAAGACAUUAGGGCGUUAAGAAAGUGAUUGUCCCAUCCGUCAAAUAUACAGUAAACCUCGGAUAUAUAGGAUUCAAUUGUUCCCACUGGUUUUGUCCGAUAUAAGCGAAAUCCGUUAUAUACGUAUACCGGAAAAUGUCCGUUUUACGCAUAUAUCGGAUUUAUAUCCGGUAUAUGCGUAAAUCGGAUUUUAUCCGUUCUAAAAAGGCACUUCCUUGACUAUGUUUCCAAUGUACCUGGACGCGCAGGCAACGCUGCAAACGCUGCAAAUGACGUCGUAUAGCGGCCUGUCACGAUUCGGCGAAUCGGAGCGCCACGAUGCGGCCAUCCGAUAUAUGCGAGGGAAAUUUAAUGGAAAUGCAUUGGAACGGGACUGGAGAUUUUGUCCGAAAUAGGCGAAAUCCGUUAUAAAAAAUCCGAUAUAUGCAAUGAAUUUUUAUUGGAAAUGCAUUACAGAAAAAUCGGUUCUUUUUUAUCUGUCCGUUGUGAGCGAAUUUCCGAUAUAUCCGAGUCCGAUAUAUCCGAGGUUUACUGUAAUACAAAAUGCUAAUUACCUUUCCGCAUUGUUCAAAACAUUGAAUUUAUUUAAAUGGUCACCCCUAAGACACAUUCUCCUUUGUACAAAUGAAUUGUGGCCACAAUUGGAUGAAUAUUUUACCUGUGAGUUCAUAGAAGGAUGAAGAGUGCCAUACAUUUUUGCGUACAAUGUCUUUGUGGAAUUCAGAUGUGUGCUCUAUAAAUCAGUCAUAGGAUGGAAUCAAUAAAGGUUUUAUAAUCUUGUUAUUACUGUAAACUGUCCUUUCACAUAAUUCUUCUUCUCCAAGCCCGACAUGACCUCCAGAAUGGGAAACAGCACCAAGUGGAGGUGUUUUACGAACCAACAGCAACAACAACCCGGUGACCAAAACCUGGAACCAGGUGGGAUUAUUAGAUGUUGAAGAGCACAUUUUGCACAUGAGGACUUGAAUGCACAAAUUCUAAUUCAUUCAGAAGACUGUGGACGUUGUUCAGAUAUGCUCAUACCUCAUAUUCAUUUUGGUCCUUUUAUGAUUUCAAUGACAUUUUUUACAAUAUAAAGAUAAGAAUUGUUUUUUGUUGUUGUUGUUUUAUUUUAUUUGGGCAAAUAUAUGAAACACUACAGUGCAUUUCUUACAUCAAUCAAAAUAUAACUUUCCAUUAUUUACAUUUGUAUUCAACUAUCCGAUCACAAGCCCCAAAGGAGUAGGCCAGGGGUCUCAACUCAAUUUACUAAUAUCUUACUUUUUAUUUUUCUACACAAAAUAAGAUGAAAAAUAAAUAAACAAAUCAAGAAUAAAGAAAAUCAAUCAAUCAGUAAUAAAUAAAUAUAAUAAUAAUAAUAAUAAAACGGCAAAUAAUAAAAAUUUAAGAAACCACAUAUAGUUGGUGGGUAGACAAAUGAUUUUUUUCAGAUUAAAAUGAACAAAGCAUUAUUAGAGCCCUGUAGACAUGACAAAACACGACUAUAGUCACAUUUAUACUCUUUUUAUUUACAACAUAUUGCGCAACUGCAGGGUCUUGAGACACAUGCUAACUCGCAAACUAGAGAGCUAGCGACCUAAACGGUAGCCUUCAAGUUAUUUCCUUUAAAAACUUAAAUAGCCAAAAACUUACCACUUCCACACGGAUAGGGAGGAUAACUAUGAACAGUUAUUUAACCUUUAACAUGAACAUGAAUCAAACGUAAUCAUUUUUUCUGGGUACAUGAUACCAUACAGCAUCCAUAUCAAACUUGCGCGGCAAGCACUAACAUUAAACUUUCAUAUCAAGGCGGGGGCCUCAAACUAGUGUCCUGCGGGCCACAUUUGGCCCGCGGGCCGCGUGUUAGAGACCCCUGGAGUAGGCUGAAGCAAAAGUUUAAAAAUGCCUACUCCUUUUUGCAAGAUAUAAUCAUGUCCAUGCUACAGUCUUGUUUUCCCCUGUUAUUAUUAUCAUUGUUAUUAUCAUUAUUAUCACUAUUAUUGUUAUUAUUAUCACCAUUAUUAUAAUCAUCAUUGAUAUUACCAUUUUCAUCAUUAUAGUUGUAACAAUUUUGGGAUUUUUUUUUUAUUAUUAUUUAAUUUUACAGACAUCAUUUCUUCUCGUAGAGUGCUGUAUCAUCUGUUGUUUUCUGAAAGUUGUGCUUUUACUGUCAAUUUAAUUUGUGCUUUUAUUGUCAAUUUAGGGGUUGAUUUGGGUUAAGUUUGAAUUUAUGUUGGAAUUGAUCUCAUUUCUACAGUAUCCAAACUAUGCUUAGAGGUUCAUCGUAAACUGAAACCUCAGUUAGUUUGUUUUUUGGUUAAAGUCGAUAAUUUUGCCUUGGUUUGCGUACAUUGUUAUUGUUAAAUUGUCAAUACAAAACACCUUAACAGUUUUAGAUGCAAUUCUAAGUCUGUAUAAACGAGUAAUGAAAGGGAUAAAUGGACAUUUAAGGUUACCUUUACCUCCAUUGAGAUGAUUGUUCCCAAAGAAGAUGUGGCAGCAAGACACACCACUGACUCUAUCUUACGUUUUGUAAAGAGUUAUUUCUUGAAUUCAGUUCAAUUCAAUACUUUUUCACCUUCUUUAUCAAAACGCCGGUACUCCAAACUUUCUUUGGCGCCUUUUGGGGUUAUUGAGGUGAGAAACACGAUUCGCAUUCCAUUCAGAUGGUCAUGGAGCCCCUGAAACCAAGGAGGCUGUGCGUUGUUUAUUUCUUCCAGGCUGAAUGGUUGAAUUUUUUAGGAAGGACUGAAGGGGAGGAUCGUACGUGGGAGAAAGGUGGUGUCGGACAUGGCUUCCGAACCUUCACAUGCAUGGCUUCCUUCAGUCUUUCAAACCAUCUGUCUUUUCUGUCAAGAAUGUCUUCGUUUUUCCCCUCAUUGAGGUGCAGGUAGACCAUUUGCGACCUGAGAUGCUGGUUGAGACAAGCGGUUGCUCAACGGCUGCUUGGUUUCCCCAAAGUAGAAAUGGGUGCAUUUGGACUGCACUCGGUUUACACCCGAUUGUCUUUGUGGGUACGGGGUUCCUGUCUUUGGGGUGUACUGAAGUGAAGUACACUUGGAUGUUGUAAGUUUCUCGGAAUCUAUAAAAAAUAUGUCCGCGAAGAAUAUAUUUGAACCUGUAUGCGUAUUUUUGACUUUCGGUAAAUUUGAGACAAUCCGUCUGGACCCUUGGAUGUUGUAAGUUUCUCGGAAUCUUUAAAAAAAAAUAUGUCUACGAAGGAUAUAUUUGAACCUGUAUGCGUAAUUUUGACUUUGGGAAAAUUCGAGACAAUCCGUCUAUACACUUGGAUUUUGUACGUUUCUUGGACUCUAUAAAAAAAUAUGUCCGCGAAGAAUAUAUUUGAACCUGUAAGCGUAUUUUUGACUUUCGAUAAAUUCGAGACAAUCCGUUUGCACACUUGGAUGUUGUAAGUUUCUCGGAAUCUAUAAAAAAAACUGUGUCCGCGAAGGUUAUAUUUGAACCUGUAUGCGGAAUUUUGACUUUGGGAAAAUUCGAGACAAUCCGUCUGUACACUUGGAUGUUGUAAGUUUCUCGGAAUCUUUAAAAAAAAAUAUGUCUACGAAGGAUAUAUUUAAACCUGUAUGCGUAAUUUUGACUUUCGAUAAAUUCGAGACAAUCCGCCUGUACACUUGGAUGUUGUAAGUUUCUCGGAAUCUUUAAAAGAAAUAUGUCUGCGAAUGAUAUAUUUGAACCUGUAAGGGUAUUUUUGACUUUCGGUAAAUUCAAGACAAUCCGUCUGUACACUUGGAUUUUGUAAGUUUCUCGGAAUCUAUAAAAAAAUAUGUCCGCGAAGAAUAUAUUUGAACCUGUAAGCGUAUUUUUGACUUUCGAUAAAUUCGAGACAAUCCGUUUGCACACUUGGAUGUUGUAAGUUUCUCGGAAUCUUUAAAAGAAAUAUGUCUGCGAAUGAUAUAUUUGAACCUGUAGGCGGAAUUUUGACUUUGGGAAAAUUCGAGACAAUCCGUCUGUACACUUGGAUGUUGUUAGUUUCUCGGAAUCUUUA